UUGUCAUGAAUGAGGCGAUUUUUGCCUAAAUCGUCAAAAAGUGUUUUGUUAAUUUUGUUUGGACUAAAUUUCUACAAAAAUUAACAGUAAAACCAGUUUUAACGUGUUGUGAAACGUGACAGUAAUAUAAUGUGUGAUAUAGAUUUAUGUUGAUAAGACUGAAAGAGGGAAUUAAUUUUUAAAGGACCAUUGCUUAUUUUUGGUAGCACUUGACUGCAAUCUCAUCAGAUGAUGCCCCGCUCCCGGGACGAUAUGCAAGUAAACGUGGCGGGCCUAAGGAGAAAUAUUAAAAACCUCGCGCACAACUAUUCAGAUGCCCAGGUCAAAGUGCGCGAGGCAACUUCAAACGACCCAUGGGGCCCAUCAAGCACUCUCAUGGCGGAGAUCGCCGACCUCACAUACAACGUCAUGGCGUUCACGGAGAUCAUGCAGAUGAUCUGGAAACGCCUGAACGACCACGGCAAGAACUGGCGGCACGUGUACAAAGCCUUAGUGCUCAUGGAGUAUUUAAUAAAGACUGGCAGUGAAAAGGUGGCCAUGCAAUGCAAGGAGAACAUAUUCGCCAUACACACGCUCAAGGAUUUCCAGUAUAUGGAGGAAGGGAAGGAUCAAGGUCUAAAUGUUCGAGAGAAAGCGAAACAGUUGGUGAACCUGUUGAAAGAUGAGGAGAGGCUCAAAAACGAGCGCGCCCGGGCGCUCAAGGCCAAACAGCGGUUCGCGCAGAGCGCCAGUGCGUUCGGCAGCGACGGAGCCCUGGACACGCCUUCCAGCCCCACCUACCCCGCGCUGGGCAGCGAGCCGGCGGAGUGGGCGGGCGGGCGCGAGACGGAGCUGGCGCGCCCGCUCACGGCCGGCGAGGAGGAACUCCAGCUACAGCUGGCGCUCGCCAUGUCGCGCGAGGAGGCGGAGCGCGAGGAGCGGCGCCGGCGCUCCGACGACGUGCGCCUGCAGCUCGCCAUCAGCCAGUCGCAGAACGACUUCCAAACAGACGACCUUCGUCCGCAGUUGUCCAUCAGUCAGUCACAGUAUGGCCUCCAGGCAACGCCAGUAGACAAGAAGUCUGACCAGCAGUCCCACCUGCUGGACUUGCUGGAUGUGAACCUGGGCCCGCCCGCGCACGCGCCGCCGCCCGGCCCCGCCGCGCCGCUCGACCCCUGGGGCCUCCCUUCGCCCCCCGCGCACGCCCCCGCCGCUAGGAAACAGCCCUUCCAUUUGGAGUUCGCUCCCAUGGACACAUCACCGGACGCCUGGUCGUCUGUGGCGAGCCCUGCGAAAGACCCGUGGGCCCCCGCCGCGCUCGCCGCCCCCGCCGCCCCCGCCGCCCCCGCCGACCCCUGGGCGCCGCUGGCACAUGGCAAAUCAGCUGUGUCGCCAACGUCGCCGGCGUCGCUGCUGUCGUCGCCGUCGUCGGAGUUGGAGCAAUUCGACGCGCUGUCGCAGCGGCGGCAUAACACGCUUGACCAGGUUGACUCGCAAGCGCCGGACCCCUUCGACCUAUCACUACUCGACGGCAGCCUGGCCCCGAACACCGCGUCCCCGGCGGGCGGGGUGAAGAAGUCCCCGUCCGCGUUCCUCGGGGAGAACUCGUCGCUCGUCAACCUGGAGCGACUGCUGCAACCGUCGGGCCCCGAGCCCGCCGCGCCCAACCCCUUCACGAACGACCAGAGGCAGCUAUUCGCCCCCCCGCCGCCGGCGAAACUGUCGAUCAACGAAAUCAAGCAACAACAGAUGGGCCUAGCGUACCCUACUACGUCACCAGGGUUCCCCGCACUCGGCUCGAUGGCGUCGACCGUGCCGCCUAUGAGCAUGGUGCCCACGAUGCCCAUGUCCAGCAUGACACCCACGAUGGGCGUGGGCGUCGCGUCGCCAGACCCAUGGGCGCCCGUGCGCGCUGCGUCGCCGUGGUCCCCGCCCGCAACAAGACAUACACCCAACCCCUUCCUUUCCUAGCCACAGACGGCCGGUGCCGCGUCGCGCCCGCACCGCCUCGCUUGCAUCGCCGCCGCGGGCCCGCACUCGCUGUAACGUCGCCACACGACACACAAACCCGACUCCCCCAACACAUGCUCGCUGGCUAAACUAACUCCGUCGUAAACUACACUACACCGUACCUAUCUAUCACUAACUGAACUCAAAUUAUAGCAUUGCAUUUUGAGCUUUAUAUCAUGUGUCAUUAGGUGUUCUUUGAUGUGUAUGACGAGUAACCAUUAACCUUAAUUUUGAGUACUGGACUUCUGUCCAUAUAAACCAAUGACAUUUGAAGGGCCACAUUUGACAUUAAGUCCAUCUUUUCUAACCUGUCUUUUGUAAACAAUACAUUCAUUAUUUUUAUUUUAUUUUUUUGUGUAAAGUAUGUUUUAAGAAAAACCAAUGUGUUAGGAUAAACAAGAACAAAUGAAAUAAGAAGAAAUACUGUUCAUGAAUGUAUGCGUUUAUUAGUUUUUUAUAUCAUAAUAAGACAUGUAAGAAAAAAUGGAGUUGUUAGCUCUGGAACUAAUAAUAUAAUAGUUUUUAGUUCCUCGGACACUUGUAAUACAGUGUCACACAUCAAGUGACAGCAUCCUGUCCAGUGGUAACGGAGGUCAGUGCGCGUGGCGUAUGAAAAAGUAAAAAUUAUGCCUUAUGUAGCUCACUAUUCAACGAUUUCUUUUGAGUCGAGAUGGCGAUAAUCGAUAUGGUGCGUUGAGGUGUUAAUACCGCCUUUCCACCAAAGGUGUCUGUAGAACUAUAUACAAAUAUUAAGAGAGGCCAUUUGUACCCAUUUUUGGGUUAUUCUCGGCAGGCAGGUCAACCCGGGUACAAGCAUUGAGGCUUUGCUGAUAUUCGAUAGGUAGGAUUACUACUACGUUAUAGGUUUUUUUUGCCGUUUUAAAAAAGCUACAGCCUGCCUUCUUGUCUUAGGGCCCAGUGGUGCUAGGUGCAGUAAUAGCUCCUCUUAAAGAUUCAAUGGUUGAAAAAGUAUUACUAGAUGACGUCACUUGGAUUGCAAGAAAUAAAUCUUAUUUCAAAUCACACACCCAGGUGGAAAACAAGCCUAAGACUGGUCGCACAUUGGCCUCAAUCGCUGAAAAGAAUUUAGUCGCUUUAAUCUUUAUUGAAACCAAGCUUCUUAAAAGUUGAUUCUUAACAAUAUCAAUGCCAUCGAAUACAUCUGACAAAGUUUAAAAUAUCAACCGAAAAUUACAGUCCUUUUAUUAGAUACUUUUAUCGAUCUUCACUUCUAUCGAGAGUCCCUGAGCAGGGUAUCAGUGUCCUAUACUUCUCACGAGAUAAUUAUGUCUACCCUUUGUCUCGCCUUGUCUCAUACAAAUCGGACGAGAAAAUAGUAGACAAUUUUCUUGCGGUGCAGCAACCAGAAGGACUUGUAUGCGUGCUUUAAAAUAUUUUUUCUCUACCAGUUAUUAUUAUUUUUUUCUAUAGAGAUAGACGAGAUAUUGUGAAGACAUAAUUUUCUCGUGGCGCGCAUACUAGCCCUCCUGGAAAGUAAACCCUGUGCGAUAGAUCACUUGGUCACUCAUAUACAGUCACAGUAAAUUAUGCAGUAGUUGAAUGGAUGUACUCAAGCGAGAGUAGCUAAUGUACGAUCAUCCUAAAGUGAAAAGAUAGAUGGCACAUAUAAACCUUUAUUGCACAUUGUUGAAGUUUCUUUAUCUGUUGUUCUGAACUGAAUCAUUUCGAAUAAUACCUUAGUUUGAGAUUCGUGUUUUGGCAUUCGUAGUGCGUGCGUAGUUUCGGGUACCUUAACUCAAUAUAAAAUGGACCUUAAAGCGAUGGUUUAAAGCUUAAAUUAAUUCACGCUACUCACAGCAAACACGAGUGAAAUAAAUCAGCAGUGCAGAUUACACGACUAUGAAACCAGAUACGUAGUGUUCCUUUUCAUUUCGCGACUAUAGUGUUAGUCGUUAAAACUCUUGGUAUGCAAUUUGUAUACUAAGGAUACCGUCUAUUUUAAUUAAGUCUUCGGCAUUAAAACUUCCAAUCACAUAAACCAAGAUGGCGAUAUUUAGAGCAAUAUAAUAAAAAAGUGCAUUUUAACAGCUCACAAGACAUUCAUUAUAUUGAAUUUAAUAAAUUUAAAUGAUUAUGUACGUAUUUUGACAAAAUUAUCUUAGAAAGAUAUUUUCUUUCUAUAUAAUAUUUCGAGUGUUAUAUUGAUGUGCGUGAAAUCUAAGAUAAUAUUUAAGAAAUAAAAACUAAAAUCGAUAAUGUGGUGAUAGGUUUAAAUUUAAUGUAAGGUACAUAGAGAUAGUAGAAUGAUGUGUAAACUAUACAUAAUGUAAAUGAAACGUUUUAUAUACGACGGAUAAAAUAUUUUCCCGUGUGAUACAGUGUUUUUGAGACUCGCAACAUAUGGCUGCUACCGAAACGAAUACAUAAAGGAAGGUUCGAUUAUUGAUAAUGAUUUCAUGCUUAAUUGAUGAACCAAUAUAGAAAAUACGGAUAAAUAUAUCCAAACAAGUGUACAGUAAUGAAAAUUAUUCUCACAAAAUUUUAGGCACUUAAAAACUUGUCGAUUUUGGGCCGGAAAAAAUAAUUCAUAAAUCCUAACAUUUUUAGAAUAUAAUUGCAAAUUCAGUGUCUACAUUUGAACCGUCCAAAUCUUUCUUUAUCGAAUGGUUUUGGAUGCUGCCAUACACGGCUGAUUCUAAAAUCGCAUCGUGUAUAAGCUGGUGUGAUUCAAAUAUGGCAGUGUGCGUUAAGAAAUAUGUGAGCAAACUCCAUUUUUGGUGAAUUGCACGAGAUUUCUCUAGAUGUGAAGCUUCUUUGGGUCAUUUGCUUGUAUAUAAUGUAAGUUUAGUUUGGGUUGCGUUGGAUUUGCUCAAGUACGGCCCGAAACGUGACCAACAAAGGCUUUUUUGUUUUUAACAUUUAACUUAAGAAAAACUUUCUGUUUAAUUAUGGGAAGGUAAUAUUUUUCCAUUCUCUUAAUUUUUUGUUAUUUCUUGGCAUAAAGUAGGUAUGUUUUUAAAGUAUUAAAAAAAAACCUUUACCGUAAAUUAAUAUUUUAAAGUGUACAAUAAAAGAAAGGCAAGUCGUUUACAUUAUAGGUCGUGUAAGAAAAUGUUAAAUAUAUAGUCUGUUACAUAAGUUGCAGCGGGUUAAUUAAAUGGAUUAAAAUAAUAGAAACAUCUUAUUGUUGCGAGUGUCACUGCAAGUGCGAUUUGUGAUGUCAUAUGUGCUAUGUUGUAGACAUCAGAAAACAUAUACUAACUAAUUUAUUUAUUAAAGACACUCUACAUGCAAAACUUUAGAAUUGCAUACAGUAAUGAAAUUAAACUUCAAUGCUAAAGGGUAUUUAUUGCAGGUAUGAUAUGUUUGUUUAUGAUUUUAUGUAUCCCGGCCAAAAGAAGUUUCACUAAAAACUUAUCACUAUUUCUGAACGCACAUAUUAUGGGAGACUUAGAAUAGCACGGUCAGACAACACUAGAGCAAUAGUAUUGCGUUAGACCGACCGCUGGGCACGCCCAGCGUUUAUUUAUAUAUGUAAUACAAUGACAUCAAUAUGUAAGAUGCUGAUGUUAACACGAUUGGGGUGUCCCCGGGUCGACUGUAUAGGGAAUUAAAAUAUAUUACUUAAGACUUUCGCGGUGCAAGUAUUAUAUUCAUAAGUUGGCUUUCCCUUAUCGUAUCAACCAAUGGGAUGUAAGUAUCUCAUGGUGCCACGGGUCUAAAUCCUUCACGCCCGCUGAGCUGAGGAUCUCCUCAUUUCAGGAAGGCAAAAGGCUUUAUUUUAUUGAUUUUGAUUUGUUGUUGGUAAAAUUGAUGACUAUUACUUUUUUAUCAAAUUAAUCCAAACCGAAAUUUACAAAAUUACCUGUUAUUUUUUUUACUUAUCUGCCAUAUUGUGACGACACAUACUAAAAAAGACAAAUCGAUUGACAUUCUAAUUAUUAAUAAUUUGCUUCGCUGUAAUUAGUAGAGAAAGUACAGACUUGCUGCAUAUCAACUUAAAACCGACUCUAGUCAGAUUAAAGAAUUUAAAAUGUGAACUUUAUUUUAUGGUACAAAGUAUAGUUUCAAAAAAAGAUAAUAUUUGCACCGUCUGAAGUCCGCCCGAUCCACAAUCUUGGGCAACGAGAUUGAGGUGUAAAUCGUGCCUUAGAUAAAAUUUGUGUUGCGUCGUGCUGUGCGUUUUGCGUUGUGCGGCGACUAGACGUGCUGGGCUGUAGCGCAACAGACGGGGGAAAUACGAAAGGUUGAAAUUUCUAUAACGAAAAUAAAUUAUUUAUUAUUUAAUAAUCAUGAUUUUAUUAAUAUAAAAAUCAUAAAUCAAUUCCUGUUGUUGUUUUUAUUUGUCCCCUUCCGGAGAGGCAAAGAUUAAUAAUCAUACAGCCUAUAUUCAGUUGACAUUAAUGUUGCGUUUUCACUCUAGAAUGUUAAAAAUAUAUGUACCUAAGUGUGGACACAGUUUAAAAUAAAAUGCACUGCGCCUUCACCAAUUAUUUGGUAGCAGCAGUCUAUUUUCUAUGCUGACUGGAGCAUGCGCCACGAACUAGGGUUUUUACGAACUCAUUUACGUUUUUAGUUGUAUUGGUUUAACGAAUUUGAUAUAACUAAAUUUUGCAUAUAUCUAGGUUAUAUGAACUGUUAUUGUUUCUAACUGACCGAAUUAUUCUAAAUCAAACUUAAUUUAUUAUUCAUAUAAUAUUAUAGUAUUUUCCGGCGUGUCUAGUAGUAUUUAUUAAACUUACAAAGAUAAUACCAUUUCACUACCGCGAGUAUAGGCUUACAAUACGCCCGAAGAUUUUUGUUACCUACAUAUAUAUAAAAGUGUUUGAUCAACUCGAAAACGAUUAUACUGUGUAGGGUAUUAAAGGUUGAAAUAAAAAUGCGACUGAACCAAAAAUACACUUCAACUCAUAUUUUUGCCCUAUUUCCAUAAUGGACUGGGUUUUUCAAAGCAUAAUUAUAUUGGCAUAGUGGUUUUAACCAAAUAGUUUGUUUCAAUAUUUGUGAACAGCUUAUUCUGGGAGUUAUCACGAGUUACUGGGUUCGAUCCGAUUGUGUUUCAAGACACGAAAUCCGUUUACUUAGAAGAAGACUUGCUCCUAAUUAACUUUAACUAUUAGGAGCAAGUUUAACCGUGAUCUAUUUAUAAUAUAUAAUUGAUGCACGAUAUUCGAUUCGUCUAAUAGUUCGGAAGCUAUUCACGAUACAAGAUAUUCAAAAAGCAAUUAUUAUGCAUAACUUUUUUAGAAAUUUUUAUCGAUUGCGAAAUCGUAAAUGGUAAUUAUGUAUAAAUGCAAAAUUGUGAUACAGCGGGCGAGUGCUUGAUGUACAGCUCCUUCAGACAUGCCAACUGCCAACUGACCGCUGGGCCUCAUCCUCAAAAAAAAAAGCUCCUAGUUAACGGAAAACUUAAUAAAAUAUUAAAUGUAUAAAAACGUAUAAAGCUGUACACUUAUUACGGUUUGGCGGUUCAGCCGAAUUGUUCGUACGUUUACAGAUUAGUUGACUAAUAAGCUGGAUUUACGGAGUCGAGAGACUAUAUUAUAUAAUGUUCGAUAGACCCAAACACCAUUGUGUUUUUGAUGUACAAACUGUACUAAACGGGAUAAGUUGAAAUAUAAUUUUGAAAACUGUAAAUAUGAACGCGCGUUAUCAUAUGCAAAAAUUUUUUGACACAUCUGGAGAAGUUUCGGAAACGUCCAGACGACAGAUACGCGCUUUUAAACGUUUGUGUGUGUUUGUGUUGCGUACAAAAUAUUCCAUUUUAUAUGUGUAGGUAUGUGGUGUAUUGAUAUAUUUAAUACCAUCAAUUAUUGAUAGUCGAAGUUGUGUUAUGGCAACACAGCGAUAGGUUAAUAAUGUGCAGAAACCCAAAGCCGCUAAAUCCAAUAUAAAUAAAAUAAAAAAAAAAACAAUUUGCAACUCCAUGCUCCAUGCCGAGUUAACUACCAAUGAAAAUGGGUAGAUGAUAGAUAUAUUAUAUACAAGUUUUUUUCUCUAAUAAUUGGAUUAACGGCUACGGUUAUUUGCCUUUUUAGGUCAAACAAAUUAAAGUUUUCACAUUGUCUUACUUUACUUUAAAUGUCGGUGGGUUGCCAGAGCAAAACUUUACGUUUACAAUGUGCGUGUGCUAUCUCCAUUAUAUCAUUAUUAUUAUAUUAUGUAAUCAUUUUUUGAAUCAUGUAUUUGAAUUAUAAACUGGCGAACGCAUCUGACUAACUUUUCUUGAUGCUUUAUAAUUUUUUUUGGUCGGAUUCGAUGGUUUUUCAAUGUUUAUCAAUUAUUUUGUAGAUAAAUUAUUUUUAAUAUAUUAAUGUUUUGACCAAUAAAAUGCGUCGAGUCUAAUCCAAUUUUCACUUAGCUAGGGAGAAACUGUAAAGAUUAAUGUAACUAUUUAAUUAAAAUAUAUAAGUUUUUCAAAAUGA